CUGAUGGAAAGUAACUUUCAGUCGGUAGAAUUGGCAACCUUGACUGGGGGGGCUCGUGAAAGAUCGUUUUGGGGAAAGUACAUAAACGAACCCGCCGAGACAGUUCUGUUUCAGUUGAGUUUUGGAAUUGGAAGUGAUCGGAACGGACUAAAUUCGCUAACCUUGUCGCCCACAGAGGGGAUUGGAUGGCAAUUAACUGUGUUGAGUGGGUGGCAACAUAACUAGAAAGACUCAAAUCAUAAAUGUAUGAGCGCACGAAAGCGUUAUAGUGCUGUUAAGUGAAAACGUGUGUUUCAGAAGAAAUUAUGUUUCUCCAAUCGGCUUAGUAAUUGAUUUCUGUUCAACGGUUUGAAAUGUGAGGAAGUAAUAAAUCGUACCAAAGGAAUUUAUCUACAACAGAUGUGUCUAGCAUGAGUGCAAAAACCAUGGAAAUGUAGAAACAAAGCGUGGAAGAAGAGCGAAAAAGAGCUAUGUCGUAGAGUGCGUGAUGCCAGAUUUAUGAAUAUAAUAACGCCAGUACCAGCAGCGCGAAUUUGAAAAGGGUAUCUAAAAAAGAAAUAUUUAUGAUAAAUGUUUUGCCAGUUAGGAAAUAUGCUUCUCGAUGUGGGUGAUUUCUGUGCGAGAAUUUCUCUGGAUGUGAGUGUACACUAGUUUGAAAUGGAAGAAUAUUGAAGUGCUCAUUGCUCCAUAUUUGCAAUAGGAAAAACGUGGUAAACUUUAUCGUGGGUGAUAUUUCACCGUACAUAAAACAUAAGUGAAAUUUCAAUACACAUGUUUGCUGAUGGAUCUCUAAUCGUGUUAUAGAUUUUCUGGAAAUAUAACUUGGAAUUUCUCCUGUGCUUGUUUUUCAUCAUAAAUUGGUCACCGCUAUUGGCACAACGUUGAUUGGUAUAGAUCAGGAAACUGUUACCAAGGCCAUAGAAUGUCCACGCGUGUCGCUUAUUCCCACUAAUGGAGCAUCUGUUGUACUAUGAAAAGCCAAUAAGUACAAUUCAUAGAAAAUUUCGCUACCUAUUUUCCACUGACAAUGGCUCCAACUGGCAAAUCCAACACCUCGGCGGAUGGCGAUAGCCCGUUGGCUUCAAAAGUGUCCAAAACUGCUGAUUCGCGUAGAUCGUCGACAUCGUCCUCGUCCAGCUGCGGGAAAAGGAAAUCCAGAAAGUGCAAACAAUCAAUGCAGCAACCAAACAGCGAAGCCCAAGCCGCUGCCUUUUCAAGUCCGGCCAAGCGAACGCUCAUCGGUAAUUACAAUAAUGAUUCCGCAAGCACUGCCAACGCCACUAAGCCCGAGGCGCACGAAGCUUCCGAGCUACGCAGAGCGCUUCGAAAUGUGAAUUUUAUGCUGUUCGCACUGGUGUGCUGCAUCGGAGGACUGUCGGUUUUCGGGCUGCAGUAUAUCAACGCACGACUGAAUCAUCCCCGAUUAUUGGCCACCCGCGCCGAGGUGGAAGAAAUGGUGGAACACUAUUUGAGAAAUAAUAUCGAUAAAUUCAGCGAGGAUUUAAUAGCCCAUGUGCGGGAGUCAGCAGAAUUCAGGUUCAGUAUGCCUUAUCCAGCGGAAAAUCAAAAAGUACAAAAUGAACGUAAAUCCACUGGCCAACACGAGUCCCGAUUUAAACGAGAUCUCAACCUAUUCGACGACAAUCUUGUGCCGGAUCAAGAAGGACCGAACGUGGAGUUUUUCAACCCAAAACUACGCAGUGAGCUGGAAAAGAAAGACGCCGAGAUAAUCAGGAAAACCGGUCAGAAAGGAGCAGCACCGGGAGGCGAUACUUGGGUCUGGCUAACGAGCUACUCCCGCAUUCCGUAUGAUGCGAUCACCGGUUUCUGCCGAGCGACGAAGGAAUAUUGCCCUCCGGGUCCACCCGGCCUACCUGGUAUACCUGGUCCGAAAGGCAAUCGAGGUGAUGUUGGCAUUCCCGGUCCGGCCGGUAUCGAUGGGCGCGAAGGUAAACCGGGUCCACGUGGCCCCAAGGGUGAAAUCGGAUACCCAGGAAACCCGGGUCUGGAUGGACGGGACGGUGUGCCGGGCGAACCGGGAUUAGACGGUGUGCCCGGUAGAGCUGGCGCUGAUGGUAUACCCGGUCGUGAUGGAAAAGAUGGUACACCAGGAAUCAACGGCCAAAACGGGAUAGACGGAAAGAACGGAACACCUGGACCGAUGGGACCAGUUGGACCACCUGGCGAUCCAGGGCCAAGAGGACUGCAUGGACCUCGCGGUAAGCCGGGACGACCGGGCAUCAACGGCACUCCCGGAACACCCGGAAUAAACGCGUGGAAGAUUAAGGUCAACGAUACGUUCUCCAACGAGCUGCUAGUGCCACCAACGAUCGCAGGCUCGGGCACACCGGAAGCACUUCGUCCCAUCGUGGUUCAGGAGGGCACUCACCUUCGAUUACGAUGUGCUGCCACUGGAACGCCUAAACCACACGUCGAAUGGCGCCGAGAGGACGGAAAAACAAUCUCCAAUGGUGCAUGGCAAGCGUCGUCGAUGGCCGGCCAUACUCUCAACAUUACCAAAAUCAAUCGAGUGCACAUGGGAGCUUAUCAGUGCCUGGCAGACAACGGAAUUCCACCGCCAGCGAACCAGACGUUCAACAUCGAAGUCCAAUUCCCUCCACUGAUAAGAGUUCGGAAUCAAAUGGUGUACGCUGCUUUGGGUUCAACUGCCACGUUGGAAUGCGAGGUGGAAGCAUUUCCGGAAGCAUUAAAGUACUGGGAGCGUGAACCAGGAGGUCGUCUGCUAGAGCCAGGAGACAAAUUCCAGAUGGAAACACACAACGACGGCUAUAAAUCAAUAAUGCGGUUAAACAUCACCAACAUCCAGUCGAGUGAUAUUGGUGCGUACCAUUGCAUCGCAAAGAACGAGCUAGCAAUAACCCAAGCGGAAUUCCAUCUCCUGGAGAAUGCACCAUACAUGAUACAGCGACCGGGUGGAAUGGGCGAUACGCAAGAAUAUGGCAGACCGCCACCUAAAGUCGAGUCUUACGAGGAUAUUUGCGGGCCACCGACAACAUGUCCUGAAUGUCCCGAUCCAAGGGAUAUCAAGUGCAAGGAUGCCAUCGUUUCACUGUAUGAUUUAGUCGGCAACUUGGAGAUUAAACAGACUGGAAAUGUGAGCUACCCCGGUUUACCGAACAGAACAACAGACUGCGUUCUCUAUGCUGUUGGAAAGCCCGUGUAUCAUAAAUACACCGAUCAAAUCUACGGUGCGUGGUUGAAGGAUCCUGCACCGAGGAAUGAUGCGGUUGAGAAGAAAAUAUGGGCAACGCGAGAAAACGACACAAUGCGCCUGUAUGAAUUUGCCAACAAAACAACGUAUCGCAACAAUGUAUCCACCAAGACGUAUCGCCUGGACAAGCCGUUCCGGGGCAAUGCUCACGUGGUGUUCAACGGGUCAUUCUACUACAACGAGCGGAACUCACCACGAAUCAUCAAAUAUGACCUCAACCUGGAACGACAGACCGCGGUCAAAGAGAUAGAGGGUGUCGCGACGAAUGGUUCCAAUUAUCUCUACACGACCGAGUCCAACUACAUGGAUUUCAACGUGGACGACAACGGCCUCUGGGUCAUCUACUCUACACCUGACUCCAACAAUACUAUCGUUGCCAAGCUCAACGAGUACAAUCUGGAUAUAGAGUUCAGCUGGAACAUAAGCGUUAACCACCACAAGGUGGGUGAGAUGUUCAUCGUUUGCGGUGUGCUCUAUGCGAUUGAUUCCGUGACUGAACGAAACACGAAAAUCAGACUGGCACUGGAUUUAUAUCACAGUAAACUGCUGGAUGUGAGCCUCACCUUCACCAAUCCGUUCCGAAGAACCACAACGGUGGGCUACAAUCCCAAAAACAAGGAGCUCUACACGUGGGAUCGGGGUAAUCAGCUGACGUAUCCGAUUCGAUAUCACGUCAAUGAUUACAACACCACGGUGGCAGACAAAGCAGAGGAUGCUCUUAAUCCGCAAAUGCAAACGGGUUAUGAGAUUUUUCACGAUCAUGAUAAUGGUAACGAUGCUGGCCGUUAGGAAUUGGGCGGUACUGCUGUAGUGAGUGUAAAUACGUGUGGCGGGAUGAUCGCAGGAGUGAUACUAGAAACCAACGUUAUAUUUAUUUGUGUAGAGAAAAUGCUUCCCCGAAAAAUGAUGACCAUCAUCGAAAAGGGACACGCCUGACUAACAUAUUUCUUUUGUUUCCUUCGUGAUGCAGAGCAAAGUAAAAUGCCAAUGAAUGUUAUACCUAGUAGCAAUGUGCGAAAUCAACUCUAUUUUAUAAUGACAUAUACUCGACGAUUUUUUCAAUAUAA